GAAUAUACGUUUAUAAUGAGACUCUUCAUUUACUCUCUCUCUAACUCCACGUCUCUUUAUCCUCUUGUUUCCAAUACUAAAACUCGCUUCUCUAUCGUCCUCUGCGUCUUCUUCUCAUCUGGUUGCGUUUUUUUACAGUUCUAUCUCUGCCUUUCCUCUCAAAAGAUGAGCAACCGGAGACCGCUCAAGAGAGCACUGGUUCAAGUUGAUGAUGAUGAAGAAGAAGAUAAGUUUUACAAACUCAAGAUUCUCUUACCAAACGGCACAAAUGUGACACUCACACUUAAUAACCCACAACCUGAAAUGUCGAUGAGGAAUUUCGUUAAUCUGGUGAAAGAGGAGUAUGAGAAAACUCGGAAGAGCUGUGAGUUGUCAGGAAAAAUGAGGAAACGGAUUGAUUGGAAUCUGGCUGCUGAAUCAUAUCUUGACUUUAACGGUGAAAAGAUUAGAGGAAUGGUUCGACUUGAGACUUUUAAGCCUGAUAUGUGCAAUAUACUACGUCUUGAUGAUGGGUCUGGUGAAGCUACCACUAUGUAUGAGAAUAUGUGGGAUUUGACACCUGAUACUGAUAUGCUUAAAGAACUACCUGAAAAUUAUAGCUUUGAGACUGCUCUUGCGGAUCUAAUUGAUAAUUCUUUGCAAGCUGUGUGGUCUUGUUCCCCUGGUAACAGAAGACUCAUUAGUGUGGAUGUUCUAGAAGAUCGGAUUUCAGUCUUUGAUUCUGGUCCUGGAAUGGACAGUAGCAAGGAAAACUCAAUUGCUAAGUGGGGAAAAAUAGGGGCUUCAAUACAUAGGGCCCACAAAUCCAAAGCUAUCGGAGGCAAACCACCAUACCUUAUGCCAUUCUUUGGGAUGUUUGGAUAUGGAGGUGCAUAUGCGUGUAUGCAUUUGGGAAUGCGUACUUUGGUGUCUUCAAAGACGAAACAGUCCAAGAAAGUAUUCACACUGCAACUCAAUAAAGAAGCUUUGAUUGGCAAUCGUUCUACCUCAGGAAAGAACUGGAAGGUCGACGGUGGAAUGAGAGAUCCUUUGGAGGAGGAAAUGAAGUUAUCUCCUCACGGAAGCUUCACAAAGGUUGAGAUCUUUGAAUGGAAUUGUAAAAUCCCAGAGAUAUAUCAACUUCAGUGCAGACUUAAGGAUAUUUAUUUUCCUUACAUCCAGUAUGAUGAAGUCUCUAAAACGGGAAGGACUCUGAGGCCUGUUGAGUUUCAGGUCCAUGGAGAGGAUUUAACUGAGAUAGUGGGUGGAGAGGUUGCCACCACCAACCUAAACUCCAAGGGUGAAGAGUUUUGGUUUCAGAUUCGAUUCUGCGAAAAAAGAAAAGGGACAUCACAAGAGGCAAACGCUCGUCUCAAGUUUCUAUAUUUUCCAAUCGUCCAUGGAAAAGAAAGCAUUGAUAUAAUUAUGGAAAGCUUAGAGAAGGAAGGAUACAAAGUUUCUGAAAGCUUCCAAGCUUUUGGUCGUGUUUCAGUACGAAGGCUUGGCCGUCUACUCCCAGAAGUUCCUUGGGUAUCAAUUCCAUUCAUGGAAAGAGGAGCCAGAGCCACUACUCUGCAGAAAUGUUGCCAAAGAGUGAAAUGUUUUGUCGAUUUGGAUGCUGGUUUUGUCCCAACACCCUCAAAGACUGAUCUUGCCAGCCAAAACCUAUUCUCUGUGGCUCUGAAAAACUUUGGUAGUAAAUCUAAGGAGAAGGAUAACGGUCAGUUACAAAAAAAAAAAUAUAUAUAUAUAUAUAUUAGUCUAGUGACUAGAGUAGAGUUAACUCUUUGUUCUACAGAUGUUAGUAUGGUGAUUCAUAGAGAAGGAAAAAGUUUGGCGUAUGGGCAAGUGGAGAAGGGUUAUGAGGAAUGGGUUCUUAAGAUGCAUAAGUCAUAUGAUGAAGAAGACGCACUGGGUGAAGAUGAAGCAACCGUUAUUUUUGAUUCUUUGGAUAAGAAAGCUCUUUGCAUAUCUCCUGAUUGUGAAGCUGUGAGGGUGCACAAGGUAAUGAAGCGAAAAAGUAAGUCAUGGGAACGUGGACAGAAGAUCAAGAUUAUGAAAGGAGCAUGUGCAGGAGUUCACAAGAACGAUGUCUAUGCAACCAUUGACUACUUCCUUAUAGAAAACUUUGAAGAUGAGACGGGAGGUGAUGCUCGGAUUAUAUGCAGGCAAAUCAAUUUCUCUGAGGAAGAAGGAUGCAUGCUUUCAACCAUUAAAGGAAUCUCAAAACUGGAAAUUCGAAAAUCUUCAUCUUUCCCAAUUAGUAUUAUAGACACUGAAAAGUGUGUACUGAUUGAUGAUAAUGAAUGGAACAGAAAACUUGUCAAGCAAAAAGAAAAGGAUCCAUCAAGAAUUGAUUUGCUGGAUGAGAAAGACUGCAGAACAUUGAAAUUUAAUGGGGAAACAACUAUUGGUGCAUCAGUGUGUGCUGGACAAACCCCACCACAACAGAUUGUUGCAGUUGUUAGACCUGCUAGCUACACAUCUUCAAAGAUGUCUAAAAAGUUGGACCAGAAACAUAUUGUUAAGGUGGAUGGUGAGAUGCUCAUGGAAGUAGAACUACAAGGCACAGAAAUGAAAUCAAGGGUGAAGAACGCAAAACCUUUGUAUUCGGAUCGAUGUUUUCCUACAAACCGUGGAGGGUUGCAUGGUCUUUACAUCUUUCAACUUGAGUCCAAGAUCCCACACUUGUUCAAGAAAGCUGGCACUUACAUUUUCAGUUUCUCUGUUGGUAAUUCAGUUACUUGUAAAAAGAAGGUGAUUGUUAAACCAUCUUCUAAGGUGGGAAGUUGGAAGCUUGGUGGUAAUCAAGAGACCAUUAAUGUUAGGGUGGGAUCGUCUCUUCCACCUUUAUCUAUCUACUGUUUGGAUGAGUAUGAGAAUCAGAUACCAUUCACUUCUGUUCCAAGUCUGGAAGUUAGACUGAAAGCCAGACCAGAAUUUGAAGUCCCGGUUUACAAGACUGAGGCCAACCUAGAUCGUGGAAUUCUCAAACUCAAGAAUAUGGUCGUUGAGACUGAUGCGUUAGAUGACAUCAGACCAGAUUAUGAAGCCACCUUAGAAAUAUGCUCAAAGGAUGAACUAUUUUCCGUCUCUGUUGCUUGUAUAGUUAAACCAGGGCCUUUGAAGUGUGUUGUCGAAAACGAUACACAGGCUUUAGAAUGCUUGCUUCCGGAUUCUACUGUUGAAAACUUCAUCUUGGAGAUGUUCGAUGAAUAUAAUAACCAUGUUGCAGAAGGUACCAAUGUUCCGAUUUGUACUAGUGGCUUUUUUAUCCAAGACAGGAUGUGCUUAGACUUAAAGGUUGAUAGUGAUGGCUGCAUUGAUCUGUCUGGGAUUCUCAAAGUCACAGCAGGCUAUGGCAAACCCGUAUCACUCUCUAUAAUGUCUGGCAAUAAAGAGAUCUUCAAGAAAGAGUCUCUAGUUGAGAUAAGAGAGCUCAGGCUGUUAACAGAGCUCCCGGAGUACUGUACUGCUGGUACAAAUCUUACAAACCUCAAGUUUAAAGUGACGGAUUCAUAUGGUAUUAUGGAUACUAGUAUCAACAAUGACGAUAAAUCCGAGUGUUUCCACACCUUGAGCAUUGAAUCCGAUUCAAGCAGCGUUGAUAGUACAACCAGAUAUGCCUUUGUUCAUGGCUCCUGCAAAAUCACUUCUCUUUCCUUACCUGAGACUGAGGGUGCCUUCUCUUUCAAGGUUUUCCAUUCUAGGCAUCCUGAGCUUCAUAUGAACCUAAAGAUUCAGCUAACUCCUGCUCAAACAUUUGAAAGAGAUGAGAUUGGUUGUUCUGAACCUAAUCCAAGGAUAUAUCUAACACCUCAAUCAAAGAUGGGUUCAACUACAAAUCCAUUUGUGGUUCCAACUCAACAGACUCCAUCCUCAGAGUUUCUAACUCAACAGACUCCACCUUCACAGUUUAGAGUUUUGUCCAUUAGAGAAAUGUCAUCGGCUAUCAGUAGCCAAACUGCCCCAGUGGAUAUGGCACAGUUCAGUGAGUACACUGAGAUACUAAAAGCAAAGCUCAAUAGUUACACUGAAAGGAUAUCUGAAGCAAAUGAGUGUCUUAAAUGUUUGGAGGCUGAACAAGAAGAGUCUGUGCAAGAGUUGAGUGCCUUGCAAGCUUCUCUGGAACCUCACGGGGUGUCAUUCCCAGAGUGCCUAUCCAACAAAGAAUCGAUGAUGAAACACAUAGAAGAGAAUCAUCAUAACAAAGCAGCAUCAGUGUUCUGUUCUUUGUACAGAAAUGCACCGGCUUCAAAGUCUAUGCUUCUGUCAAAGGAAGGUGUGCUCGGCAUCGUAGCGCUUCUUGGUUCAGUUGCCUCAACCCCUCUAAGCAGGGUAUUGUCUGAGUAUUUGGGAGACGAUACUAUGCUAGCUUUGGUAUGCAAAUCAACACGACCGGGACCGAACAUUGAUCCCAUGCUUCAAGCCGAAGCAGCUAGGCUUGAAAGAUCAAUUACCAGUCGGUUUCAUGUUCUAUGCCUUGGUGCAACUAGUCCCUGGACUGGUGGACUUGUGGAGAAUGAUCCUCAGAGGAAACUAGCCAUGGAUGAUCCAAAACUUCCCGAUGGAGAUCCUAUACCGGGCUUCAUAGGCUACGCAGUGAACAUGAUCAACCUGGCUGAAGAAGAACUAAACAAUAAAACAUAUAAAGGUCACGGGCUUAGGGAAACGCUGUUCUAUGGUCUGUUUGGGAAGUUACAGGUUUAUGAGACCCAAACACAGGUUGAAGAGGCUCUUCUACACAUCAGUGGUGAUGGUGCAGUAUCGUUAGAUGGAUUUAUAGCAAAAGGAAACGAGUUUAUAUGUUCCGGGUGCAGUAAACCGGAGAUUCAUUUCCCGAUAACAGUAAGGGAAAACGAAGAAGAGAAGUGGAGCAACUUGGAAGAAGCAAGAAACAGAGUGAGAAGGGUUGAAAAGAAGUUAGUGGCGGCGAGGUGCUUGUUGAGUAAGUUGGAGAAGAAAAUGAACAAGGCUAAUGAAAGAUAUGACAGUGCAACAAAGCUUUCUCUAGAAAGCUAACCCAGAGCAUGUCAAUCGACUUAAACCUUUUAGCCUUUAUGACUUAUGAGUUGAACCGGAUCCAUAAAUAUUUUCAAACAUUGGUUGACCAGUUGGUAUGGUUAGUUAUGGUUAUGAUAAUCGGUUUGGCUCCCUUUGUAUUUGGGUAGUUUGUUUGUUCUCCAUCUACUUUUACUUUGAUUUUUCUCUUAUGAAAAUAUAUCCAAAUUAUACUGA